AUUCAAUAGAGGGCCCAUGUUCUGUAGACAACACAUUUCUCAGCUCUCCAUGGGAAUAAUUAAUAAAAACAAGAAAAAAAAGAGUUUAAUGAGACUUGGCUGUAAAAUCCAACGAUCCAUAAUCAAGGUUUUCUUUUCAUAUUGAAAUUGACGGUCUAAAAUCAUUUUUAGGGUUGACGUGUGGCCCAAGUUAUUAACCAAGGGUCGUCCAACUUUACUUCGCACCAAAAUACUAAUGUGUAUCGAAAAUGGUCAGACACUUUUCUCCCUAUGAAACUUCGCGAUUGGUUUUACUGGCCCUUCUAGUGUUUUGAAGUCGACAACUGCCGAGUGUGCUCAUUGAGUUUCGAAUCGAAUUCAAUAUGCAGCGAUUGAGGAGCAGAGGGAUCUCAAUUUUGGGUUCAGUAACCGUCCCGCAUAUCAAGAAAAAAGUCCGUAAUUCAUGGGCUGCUGUUCAAGACACAUUCUUUUCAACCAAGGAUACAUUUGAGAGGCAUAGAGUGGUGUUCGCUGUUGGAACUUCGAUAGCAUCAGUUGCUACAGCAUGGAUUGGCUAUUCUAUGCGCCACCUUCAUCAAACCAAAGUUGACCAGAGGCUUGAAUCAAUUGAGAAAGCUUUGCAAAGCAGUUACCAGCUUGAACAUUCAGAAGUCAAAAAGCUUGUUGAUCCGGGAUUCAGUACUGCUUCUUUGAUGGCUACUGCUGGAACGACUUUAAUUAUUGGGUAUGGCAUGGGCUGGCGAGGUGGGAGAUGGUAUGCAAAUAGGAAGUUCAGAAGGGAGCAGAUGAAAUUAUCAGGGCAGAUAAAGCCUAGAAGGUGGCAGUUGCCAGGGCAAAUAAAACCAAGAGGCUUGCAAUUUCAGUUCCUUAAAAGACCUUUAACUAGAUCCAAAGUGCCAGAAAGUCCCUUAAAAACAUCUGAAAAGAUGCUAAAAGACACUCCUGCAACACCUUCUUCUGGGAAAAUCCAUCUGCCUUGUUACAUGAACAAAGUCAGCAUGUCUGUAUCGCUUUGCGAUACACAGCAGAAAAAAAUGGCACUUGCUGUUAACUCGAUAUUCCUAGUGAUUCUCUUUUGUGGGUCAGCUUUCGGAACCAGAACUCACUUGUUUCCGGUGAAAAGUCAGCAUGGUACAGGCACGAUGGGAUUAUCAAUUUUGGCCCAUGGUGGAUUGUGCAAAACAGCAGUAAAGACACAAGGAUAUACUUGUGAAGAACAUAACGUAACUACGGAAGAUGGUUAUAUUCUCAGCAUGCAGAGGAUUCCAGUGGGGCGGUCAGGUGGGUCAGCAGGAGAUAGACCUCCAGUUUUGUUGCAGCAUGGUUUACUAUCGGAUGGAUUGGUAUGGUUGGCAUUACCUCCAGAUCAAGCGUUGGCGUUCCUCUUGGCAGAUAAUGGCUUUGAUGUAUGGAUUGCCAAUGGACGUGGAACUAUAUAUAGCCUACGACAUAAAUCUCUCCGUCCUAAUAAUACAGCUUUUUGGGGUUGGUCUUGGGAUGAAAUGGUAGCUUAUGACCUUACUGCCAUGUUCCAGUAUGUGUACAACAAAACUGGACAGAAACUGCACUAUGUUGCGCAUUCACAGGGAACUUUAAUGGCUCUGGCCGCUUUAUCCAAGAAUGAACUAUUGGGCAUCUGGAGGUCUGCUUCAUUACUUGCCCCAGUAUCUUAUAUGGGUCAAAUUACCUCCCAGUUUCUCAGAGUGGGUGCGGAAUGCAUGCUUCUCCAGGAAUCCUUUUGGUUACAUCUUGGUGAAUUUAACUUACUGAAGGAUCCUGUAAUUGAACUUAUAGGGAUUGUCUGCCAAACAAAAGCAGUUAAUUGCAGUGACCUCUUUUCUGUUGUCGCAGGCAAGAACUGCUGUGAAAACUCUACCGCAGUAGAAGCUGUGGAUAUCGCUGGCCCUCAGUCAUCUGCUACAAAGAACAUGAUUCAUUAUGCUCAGAUGAUCACUAGAGGAACCAUAACAAUGUUUGAUUACGACAAUAAGGACGAGAACAAAAAACAUUAUGGGCAGGCGGUUCCUCCUGUAUACAACUUGAAAAGCAUUCCAAAUGACUUUCCUCUCUUCCUCUGCCAUGGAGGUGCAGACACUCUGGCUGAUGUUUACGACAUGCAACACUUGUUGGAUACCCUAAAAGAUCAUGCAGGAGACAAGCUUGUGGUUCGAUUCAUAGAAAAAUAUGGGCAUUCAGACUUUUUGUUUGGUGUAGAUGCCAAGAAGGAAGUAUAUGAACCUCUCAUGGAUUUCAUAAAACUUCACUAAGGUAAGUGCCUCGUAAUGAUUUCAACAACAUUGAAGGGAAGCUUGGCCUGUAGCUCCAAGCUUGUUUAUAGCAAAAGGGUAGAAUCAUCAAAUUAUGAAAGAUUUUUUUUUUUUAAUAAAUUUACUAGAGUUGGUACCAAAUUUAUGAGUUGGUAGGUUCUGAUGAAACUGUGAUUUGAGAAAUAUGCCUUGGAUUCCAAUUGCGUUUGAUGAUUGAUGAGACAUAUAUGUGUAUAUAUUUGGUUAAUAAUCUGUAGACAUUGGUUUGGUUUAAUAUAAUGAGGAGUGCAUGAUG